AUGGAUUACUUUAGUCAGACUUGCAAGUUUCCCUGCUUUCGUAGAAAAGUUCACCCCCUUUUGGAUGAAGAACUCAAGAAACGUAUAGAAAAUUUGGAAAAACUUAUUCUUUCCUUAAGACCCGAUGGCAAGAAUAUUAAAUCCGUGAGAAAUAGAAGUUUACGAACACUUCUCAAAAUUCUACAGCAAUCAUCCGAUGAUCAAUUACAAUUGGAAGAUCCCAAGAUUAUUGUCAAUUGUUCAAUGAAAAUUUUCACUCAAUUCGAUGAUAGUUUUUGGUACAUUGACACCUGUGGAUGGAAACGUCAAAAACGUUAUCAAGAAGCAAAAAAUGGUUAUAUUCACCUUUUGAAAAUAUACAUUCCAAUAAAAUGUAAAGAAACUGUUGAGAUUGUCAUGAAUCAUCUCGACAAUGAACGACUCUGGCAAAUUGAAGAUUUAUGUUCGGAAAUAAUUUGGCAAUUAAUCGAAAAUGGCGCUCAUGGUGCAAUUGUUGCUCACGCCUUGUGCGAUAAAGUCGAGCAGCAAAUUACCGUAAUCGAGAAUGCUCGGGUAAUUAUAAAAACACUCUAUGAACUUCUCGCUGUUUACAAAUGGCCCCAAACUGAAGAAACUGUCACGUUUAUUGAGAGACUUUUGAAACUUUAUCUCCAAAGUUUACAAAAUCGUUCCAAUGUUGAACUCGAAUACACGGUGUUUACCCGAGGAUUCGAACUUUGCAUUCGUUAUCUCAUAAAACAAGCUUCUAGUUCAUUGAUUCUUAUCUUUAUCAAUCGAAUGUGUUUCUGGUCAAUUAAUGAGAAUAAAAGAAAUUAUUCGAUUUUGGAUUUUGGCAGCACUUUGGAGUAUGCGGCCUAUAUGCAUGAAACUGAUCUCUUCGAGAAUACACUCACUCAAGAAUUAUUUCCCCUCGUGGUACAAAUGAUAAAAUCGUCAAAUCGUCUUGUCAGUCUUCUCGGCAAUCGUGUAAUGCAAUAUCUCAUCGACCGCGGUGAAAAUCGAUUCCUCUUCGACACGCCAAAGAUUUUCUUCCAAAAUUCCCGAUUUCAUUUGAAUAGCAGACCAUAUCGUAUGGAGGACAAGGCAUUUCUGAAAAAACAUCGCCAGGACAUUCACGAAUGUCUAUUAAUGAGUGUCAUCAAUCACUGCUCAUAUCGGUUAAAUCUCGAGACAACAUACUGUACAAUUUGUCUAAUUGCCGUCGAAAUUCCCUGUGGCUUCACUGCAGCAUCCUUGGCGUGUCUCACAAUGACAAUUCAGGACAAAAUCAUGUCCCAUGGAAAUUUUCAUCGUGAAUCCGUCUAUCACGUCCAUGUCCUAAUUAUCUCCGUAAUGUCACUUAUCUGCUGGUUACAUCAGGCCGAGACAUUCUAUGAAUACGUGAAUAAAAUCAUCAUGGAGAGAGCACAAUGGGCCCCGUAUCUAAAUCCACCAAUUCAAUCGCGUUACAGUUUCGCGACUCAUCACGUACGUUGGGAGAAACCGGAACUCUUCUUCAUCGACUGGGAAGUGCGUUAUGGACUUUGGAAACGUUUUCGUGAUCGAAAUUCUAGGAUCGUUAAACCAGAAUGA